CAGUUUCUAAUAUGCAUGUAUGUUGUUGUUAUGAUCCAUGAUCAGAAGUUGGUUAUCGAAUGUGUUUGAUAAGUCAGGAAAGGCUUAUUUUUGUAUAUAUAAAACUAUUAAUUUGUAUGAUUUAAAACUGAGUAUCAUUGUUUUUGAGACAGAUGAUGUUUAUUCUCGUACUGUUUGAAAAUGAAAGUAGGCCAUAGAUUUUUGUUUACGGCUGUAAAUAAUAAUUAAAUGGUGAUUCAUGUCGGCAUAAUUUUACAUCUUAUAAUUCGUUAUGUUUGGGUUUCUUUUGUGUAUGAUUGCUAAUUUCUCGGAACAGUUAAAGACUGUAAAUAACUCUCGUUCCGAUUUUCAAUGUUGGUCACCGAUCUAGGUGAUACUUACAUGUUUGAUGUGUAUUGGUUAUAAUGCUCGUUAUUUGUUGACUUUCGAUUGCUAUAUACAGUAGUUUGUAUCUGUUUGUAUCCAUUACAAAAGUUUUCCAAGCUUUUAGUUGCAUUUUAAAUACUUAAACUAUAUUUAUUCGUGAAGAACAUGGCAUUGUUUACUAUUUUGUCACCGUUAAGGGAAUUUCCCUAAGAAGAGUGAUGGCUCGUGAUUGGACGUCUUUAUAUAAGCUCAAUUCUCAUUGGUCAAUUAAGGAUAUAAAUACGUGUGGUUGACUGCGUCAAGGGAGAUAGCUCAAACUUGUGGAAAGAGUCGUAUGAAAUAGAUAGAUAAACUAAAAUACAAUUAUGUCGGAUGUAAUGAGUUUAAAAAGUAAAUGGAUGUGUGUUAUCUGUGAAGAUAUGACAUUUGAUAAGAGGUGGUUCCUGGAGAGACACAUACUAGAAAGACACUCAGACUUUGCCUGGAAGUGUCCAGAAUGCAAGAAAUUAUUCCAAAGACGGAAUUCAAGCCAUGGAUGCAAGGUUCUAGAAAGCCAGAUGAUAUGCUUUCAGAACAGCUCCGGACGUAGGGGAAAAGAGGCGGAAGAAGAUUUUGAAAAGUUUAGAACUGAGGAAAUGCCAAAGAAAAUCAAAUUAGUAGAUGGUAAUGGGAAUGAGAUCGAACUGGCACCCAGACGUAAUAGAUAUGCCAAAUCAGAGAUGGGCGAAACCAGCUAUAAAACCACUGGUACUAAUAAAGGAGUGGAGUGGAAGAAGAGAGGAAGCUCAUUGAGGGAAACAUCGAGAAAAAGAACUGAUAGAUCUGACAUAGAAGAGAACAAAGAAAAUAGCAACCUCUCCGGGCCAACUCCUGCAAAGAUUUGUAAACCAUCAGAGACAAAAGAACAAAGGCUGAAGAAAAUAAAAGACGUACUACAAGAUCUUAUGAGUGAGAAUGGGGAAACCAUAACCAUAUCGGUAGAGCCAGAGGCAGAUAAAGUAGAGGGAAAUACAAGCAGCCAAUUGUUAGAGGAAGAAGUCGAGCUGCAUGUAUCAGAAACUGAAGUGAAGACGUUAGAGAAAGCAGACAACUAUAACAAGAGUUCCUCCUCCUCAACAACCUCGUCAGGAACGUCGUCUAGCUCUUCUAACUCCUCAAGGACAGUAAAGAAACCAACUCCAGAUAGUAGACCACAAAAUACGGAGAACGUUGUAGAAGAACCUGUAGAGACCGAAAUCGAUCCAAUCAGGAAUGUUGAAUUUUCUGCUAAAACAGAAUUGGUAGAGACCUUCUUACAGUCCCUACAGGACACACAAGAAAACACACUUACCCUCAAUGUUGGAGGGAUGAAGAUAGAAACAAGUAAAAACACACUCAGAGCAGAUCCUUCAUGUGUAUUUGCAUUAAUGCUGCAACCGUUAAGUCCAUUCCGACCAUCAAACAAUGUGUAUUUCUUUGACCGAGAUCCAGCUCACUUUAAGAUCAUUCUUAAUUAUUUAAGGAACAAUUGCAACGUAGAAAAAAGAUAUCUACCUAGAGAACACAUAUAUCUGUAUGAGUUAUUACAGGAGGCAAAGUUUUACAAACUGUCAGGGCUUGUUUCCAUAGUACAGGAGAGAUUGAAUGACUUAUGUGCAUGCAGACUCAGUAGUUUUUAG